AUGGCGGCCGCGGUCCGGGUCUCGAGACCUUCCUGCCGGCUGAUGUUUUUGGCGGCCUCGAUGACCUCUCCGGCCGUGCGGAAGUCCUUCAGCGUCCAUACGUGGACGGCCUCUUCGCUCCGCCUCUGCGAACACAUUUUGCAUUUUCUUUUGCAGUUGGAAUUUGUUGGGAAAUCCGGCGAAAGCGGUGGAGGGAUGUACGUCAUCAACCUCCACAAAGCCUUGGCCUCCCUGGCCACCGCCACCCUGGAAUCCAUCGUCCAGGAAAGGUUUGGCUCCCGCUGUGCGCGGAUCUUCCGGCUGCUUUUGCGGAAGAAGCACUUGGAGCAGAAGCAGAUCGAGGACUUUGCCAUGAUCCCGGCCAAGGAGGCCAAGGAGAUGAUGUACAAGAUGCUCUCCGCCAACAUCGUCGCCUUACAAGAAAUCCCGAAGACCCCGGACCACGCUCCUUCCCGGACCUUCUACCUCUACGGGGUGGACACGCUCUCUGCCGCCCGCAUGUUGCUCCACCGCUCUUACAAGAGCGUGGCCAACCUGAUGGAAAGGCGGCUCCACGAGACCAAGGAGAACCGGCGCCUUCUGGAGAAGUCCCAGCGGGUGGAGGCCAUCUUGGCUUCCUUGCAGUCGUCUGGGGGCGCCGAGGAGGCCCAGUUGCAGGAGAUCGAGGAGAUGAUCACGGCCCCUGAACGCCAGCAGCUGGAGGACCUCAAGCGCAACGUCCACAAGAUCGACGCCAGCGAAAACCAAGUGGACGAGACCAUCUUCAUCCUGGAGUCGUACAUCAACAGCACCGUCAAGCCUUGAAACGGACGUCUCUUCCGCCUUUAUUUUCACAAAUAAAUACAAUAUUUUGGUGCAAAGAAA